AGGAAAAUGCCGAUUAAAUGCACUAUCCGUGGUAUAAAAGCCGUCUAGGACUGCCGCUUCAUCGCCCAGCGCUUAUAAACCGCUCUCGAUUUCCCCUUUUUUAAUCCGCGCAUUCGAUAAGGGCAGCCAUGGCCGGCCGUUUUAUCCUGUCUCGGUAUCUCCGCAUCUUCCAUAAACAGGUAUCUGUGUGCUUCGUUAUAAUGUGGCUAGCGUGCCUCGAUAUAGGAUCUUUAGCGGCAACAAGAGCCGUCUUCUCCUGGAGGACUCGUGAUCGACCCUGGCGCUCCGUUAAGCAGUGGCUCGAUAAAAGAAAAGCACCGUGGAAUCACGGCGAUCUCCGAGGACAUCAACGGUCGCGAUCUGAUCCCGAUCUACCUGGACGGCUCAGAUCCUUCCGUGAUCGAGAGCAUCGCAACGGGCGGCUGCAAAGGCGGGAAAUGCCCCGAAUUUCACAUUUGCGAGGGAUCCACUCCCUUCGGUAGCGGCUCCGGGAAAUUCGCUCUUUGCGAAAGCCGACCACUGAUGACGUCAGCAGCGGAUAAGGAGAUUAAAGACAUGCUGUUUAAUUUGCUGUCCGACGCUCCCUCCGUGUCCAAUUGCCUGGACGAUUCCGCCAUUGAGAAGCUCCGCGCGGAGGGAGCUUCCGCCGCGCCUCCGCCAUGGUUCCGCACAUGCCCUCCGCAAGCUUCCGCCGCUGGUGCCACCGGUGCUGCUGCUGCUGGGGCUGGGGAAUCGGGGAAGUUAGAAUCGUGCGUGCUGCCGCCUUAUCCGGGCCACGUCAUCAUGCUGCGCGACGUGUACGUGGAUCUGCACGGCCACGUGUUUAACAGCACGCACCGCUUCGUGUUCGGAGGGGGUCCACGUGGCGCUGACGUGUCGGGGAAAUCCGGGAUAGGCGCAGCGGAAACGGGGAGGGUUUUAACAGCGAGUUCUCUUAUCCGAAGGGGACUACAGCGGUGGUUUACGAGCACGUGCUCCAUCUCUUCCCCCCCCAUAUAAGCACGCGCGCGCACGCCCAUGCAGCAGGCGCGGAGGGGAGUGAACGGGGGGAAGGGAGGGAGGCGAGGGGGGAGUCUGCGCAUGGGCGAGCGGCGACUUACAGAUGGAUGGUGGAGUGGUUACUUCCAGGACUCAUGGCGGUGCAUGACGCCAUGCCGAGCUUCGAACACUACCCCAUGCUGCUGCCAUACUCGCAGUUGCUGCGCCACAUGAGCCAUCAGCUGUUUGGGUUCGACCUCGCCUCUCGAGCGCUGCACCCGGCCCCACAGUACGGGCAAGGAGGGGGAGACGGCACGAGAGAGGCUCACCCCCUCUUUGUGCACUUCCUCUUUGUUCCCUCGUUCCUCGCCUGUUCCUCCCCCUCCCCUUCUCUCCUCCGCCUCGCCCGCGCCUGCCACUUCCUCCCCCCAGACGGCCUCCCCUCCUUCUCCGCCUCCUUCCAGCCCCGCUCCCCCCCGCCCCUCUUUCUCUCCGCGGAUGGGCUAGCAGGGGGGGAAGAGUGGCUGGUGGUGGUCAUAGAGAGGGUAAUUGUUGAGAGGUUUGGGGCGGAUAAAGUGGAGUCUUACCAGGGCCACAUGGGCCUGGAUGAAGUAAAAAAACUCUUCAACCGAGCUCGGCUCCUCAUCGGACCCUCCAGCCUCGCCCUCUCCUCCCUCCUCUUCCUGCCAUUCAAUGCUGCUCUGCUCGAACUCCUCCCCCGCCUGCUCUCAAUGCCUCUACUCCUGCCUCCUCAUUCUCUCGGUAUAACUGUGAAUCCUCCCUGCUACUUCAACGAUUUUGUGCGCGGCAUGAGUUGAGUCCUAUCCCUGUUCCUACAGCCUGUGCCAGGGAAUCCUCUCUUUGUUUUCUCUGCUAUCCCUCUUGCAUUCUCUAUGCUCUCUGUCCUCCUACGUUUGUGGCGCCUCAAAAAUAGACCUCUCUAUGCUCUCUGUCCUUCUACGUUUGAGACGCCUCAAAAAUAGACUUCUCUAUGCUCU